UAGUAGCGUCACUGUGAUCUGUGGACAACCUCAAACAGGAAGAAGAAGAGCGCGUUUUGUUUCUUAUAUUUUUGGAAGCAAAGUUUUUGAGGUUAUUUCAAAUAAUGCUCAAGAUUAUUCAAGAAUAGGCUCACUAUAUACUUUCACAAAGUAGUUUUGUAAAUGUGUUUGUAUUUAUUGUACAAAUAUGUAAAUUUGCAGUUUGUAAAAUUAUAUGUGGUCUCUUAGACUAGUCUAAAGUUUCAGAUAUAAUCAGAAUGAGUAGAAACAGAGAAUUGAUCUCAAAAAUAGGCCUUCGCUUGGAUGGUCGAAGGCCUGAUGAGUUGCGGAGAAUUCGCUGUAAAAUGGGUGUUUUCAGUCAGCCUGAUGGUAGUGCUUACAUAGAACAAGGACUUACUAAAGUCUUGGCUGCAGUUUAUGGACCUCAUCAAGUGCGUAGCAGGCAGAAGGCCCAACAUGAUGCCUGCAUUAUUAAUACCCAAUUUAGCAUGGCAGUUUUCUCAACAAACGAGAGGAAAAAGAGACCAAGAGGUGAUAGAAAAUCCACAGAAAUGUCUAUGCAUCUUCAACAAGCAUUACUCUCAGUAAUUGAAACGGACUUAUAUCCAUGGUCUCAGAUAGAUGUGUAUGUAGAAGUUUUGCAUGCGGAUGGUGGCAUAUACCCUGCUUGUGUGAAUGCUGCAACAUUGGCAGUCAUCGAUGCUGGAAUUCCUAUCAAAGAGUAUGUGUGUGCUUGCACAGCCAGUUUGGGCAAUAAUGAAGUUCCGAUGUUGGAUGUCUCGCAUCAGGAGGAAAUACUCGGGGGGCCUACUUUAACCGUGGCAGCUCUACCGAUGUCUGGCAAAAUUGUUCUAAUGGAAAUGUCUCAAAGAUUUCACCUGGAUCAUUUGCCUAAAGUGCUCAACAAAGCGUUGGAAGGCUGCAAAGAUGUCAAAGCGAUAUUGGAUGAGGCAGUGAAAAACCAUGUGAGCGAAAUAGGUAGCGCAACAGGUUGGGCUAACACCACUAGUUGAAAUAAAUUAUUUUUCCUUA